UCUGCACAAUGUUCCAUGGAAAAUAUUGGAGAGGUAAAUAUUUUUGGAUCUGUCUCAGGGAAAUAGAUACACAGAGAAGAUCUUCAAAUGCAGAAGAAGUCAGCGCUGUGUUUCUUCAGCAAGCAUUUAGGAACUGGCCUAGAUCCUUGUGAGCAUCUCCAUCCUUGCUGUGGCUGGACAGAUAUUGAGAAGUGUUUUGAAGAGAGAAGUGUUCCUCCUGGUCAUCACUCCAGUCUGCACUGAAGACCUCUCCAUGACUUCUCAGAGUAAAGCUCCAAAAACCACUGAGGACUUGGCUCUCCAGAUGCUCCUGCUUUCCCAGGUUGGAACUGGGACUCUGGCCAACAUUCUUCUGUUUUUCCAUAAUAUCUCUCCCAUGUUUACUGGCUCUCGACUGAGGUCCACACAGGUUAUUGUCACCAACUUGGCUAUGGCCAAUGCCUUCCUUCUCCUAAUUACUGCAUUUCCAAGCAAUGUGAUGGUUUUUGCUCCUAGGAGUCCUCCAACUAACAUGCAAUGUAAAAUUGAGUUCUUCGUUCGCCUGGUGGCUCGAAGCACAAACAUGUGCUUCACCUGUGUCUUGAGCAUCCAUCAGUUUCUCACUCUUGCUCCUGUACAUUGGGGUAGGCUGAUGCUUCGAGGAAGAGCCCCUAAUGUCCUGAGUUAUUCUUGUUACAGUUGUUGGUUGUUCAGUGUCUUAAAUAACAUCUACAUUCCAAUGAAAGUCAGUGGUCCACAGAGCACAGGCAAUGACACUAACAAUAUAAGAAAGUGGGUCUGCUCCAUAUCUGGAUUCAGUGUAGGCAUGGUCAUCUUGCGUUUUUCCCAUGAUGCCAUAUUUAUAAGCAUCAUGGUCUGGUUCAGUGUCUCCAUGGUGCUUCUCCUCUAUAGACAUCACCAACGAACACAGCACAUUCUUACUGCAAACAGGAAUCACCGAGGCCAUGCUGAGACCAGAGCAGCCCACACCAUCCUGAUGCUGGUGGUCACCUUUGUAAGCUUUUAUGUUCUAGACUGUAUUUGCAGAUUGUUUCAGGUUUCUUUCAUGGACUCUCGUCUCUGGUUGAGGCAUGUAAAUGAAGUUUUGACUGCAGGCUUCCCCACUAUUUCUCCCUUCCUGUUGAUCUUUAGGGAUCCUAAGGAUCCCUGUUCUGUGCUCUUCAACUGCUGAAAACCACAGUCAACAUGACAAAGGUAGAAGACAGCUUUACUAGCAGCAGUACACACUCUAUUAAGUAAAAGUUGUUUGAAAAUUCUUCCCCAUAAAACAGACAUGUUGACUC